AUGUUUGAUACUUGUUCAAUAUUCGACAAUGAUUGUUGUACAUGUUGUUUUAUGUUACCAUCAAUGCGAACAACAAAUAUGGAACGAGCUACACUUAAAAUUGAAAUUCCAUUUACUGAUCAUGCUCAUUGUAUUGGACGACAAGGAAAUCAAAUUCAAAGUAUCAUGUCAGCAACGGAUACACAUAUUCAUUUUCCUGAUGGAAAUCGUGAGCCAAAUGGUACUAAAUCGAAUCAGGUAUCAAUAACAGGAACAGUAUCAUCAAUUGAAGAAGCUCGAAAACGUAUAAGAGAAAUUUUACCAAUGUCAUUAAAAUUUCUUAUACCACCAACAGAAUUAAUUAAUAUUAUUAAUGAUGAUUAUCCAUUAUUUAAAAAUGUUCGUACACGUUUUGGUGUUAUUGUUUUACCACGUCCAUAUGCUAAAACUGGUGAUGUUUAUUGUAUUGUUCGUGGACUUAUUAAUCAACCAGGUUUAGCUGAAGCAACUGAAUAUUUAAUUCAAGCAUUUUAUGGUUUUGAAGCACCAUUAAUAAAAGUAACAUGUCAAACAGAAGUUAGUGAACAAUAUCAUGUUUAUUUACAAACUCGUCAACAAUCAAAAGAUAUGUGCAUAGCAGCUAUUGAACAGUAUACACAUACAACAAUACAAUUUCCAACAAUGAUUAAUUCAAAUUUAUCACAAGAUAAUACAAAUAAUUAUGGACGUCGAACAUCAGUUAUUAUAUCAGGAUCUCCAACACAAGUUUGUCAAGCACGAAAAUUAUUUGAUCUUUGUUUACCAGUUAUUCUAAAUUUUGAAAUACCCAUUGAUAAAGAACCGACUCGUGCUCAAACUGCUCAUAUUAAAGAUAAACUUAAUGUAACAACAACUGUUCGAACACGUAAAGAUAAAAUUGGCAAAUUAGUUACUGUUCAAUCACAAGAAUAUAAUUGUGAUCAAUUAUUUCGAGCUCGUGCUAUUAUUCUUGGUUUAUCAGAAUCAACUAAUAAUCAUAUUUUACCAAUUAAUACAAAUGCAUUAUUUGAUCUGAAUCAAACAUCAACAUUUUUAUCUGAUCUCUCUUGUGAGCUUCCAACUGCAUCGUCAUCAUUAUUUCUUACUUCAUCUUCAGCAGCGACGACGACAACAAAUCAUAUGACCGAUAGUAUAUUAAUUCCAAUUGAACCUUGUUAUAUACCACCAACACAACAAAUUGAUACUGUGCUUGUACCAAUAGUGGAAACAAGUACAGCUAAGAAACCAUCACCAAUUGGUCAUGAACGUUCAUCAUCACGAAAUCUUGAUCAAGAAAGUAUCAUUUGGCCAACCAAUAAUGAUCGAAUUCCAUCACUUUUUGUUUUUGAUUCAUCGACACAACAAACAUUAAAACCGACUGAUAUUAAUAAUUUAGAAUCAAUUGACAAUACUUUGGCUUUUCCAAUACAAGAUAAUUGUUCGACAAAAUUAUUGACAUUACUUCGUUCACUUAAUUUAGAAAAAUAUUGGUCAACAUUUGAACGUAAUGAGAUUGACUAUUGCACAUUUCUUUCUAUGACGGAUCAUGAUUUGACUCAAAUUGGUAUUGAAGCUUUUGGAGCUCGUCGUCGUAUGCAACAAGCUAUUGCAGACCAUGCUUUGGCCAAUAUCAAUCGAUAUUAA